AUGUGUUCAGUGGUCAACAAUAACACAGCGUCAGUGAAAUCUCCCGUAGAAGAAAUGCUUCGCUACAUAGACUCUCUGCCAGAGGAACCGCCGAAACCGCGCGAUGAAAUAAAAUCGCGGCGCUUCUGGAUGUCGGUGUGGUCCGAGUUCAUCUCUACCUUGAUUCUUACAGUGAUCGCAAGUGCCUCAUCGCAAGAGUCCGAUGUACGGCAGAGUCUAGCGGUCGGUUGCACCAGUGCCCUCUUGACGUAUACCCUCCACGGAGUCGCCUUCAAUCCGGCCGUUGUCCUCGCCCGCUUCCUCGUGGCCAAAGUAUCGUUUCUGAAGUUUUUCGCCUCUGUACUCGUACAGGCUGUGGGUGCUAUCGCAGGCAGCGUCUUGGUUUUUGCUCUGCGUAACGAGUUCUUCCAAUUAGUGGAGUCCAAGCUCAACCUGAGCCAAAUCUUCGGAGUAGAGUUCUUGGGCUCACUCGUGAUCGUUCUGACAGUUCUCACGUCAGACGACGACGUCGAGACCGGCUUGUUGAAAUUCCAAGCGUUCCCCGUCGGAAUUGCUUAUGGUGCGGCUACGCUAUUCUCGUUCUCGUACACGGGAAUCGGCCUCAAUCCCGCCCGAGCUCUCGGACCCGCGAUACUCACUCACGAAUGGGAUCAUCACUGGGUGUAUUGGGUCGGACCACUGCUCGGAGGUCUCAUCGGAGGAUUCACUUACGAUUACGCGAGAUCGUCCCGAAAGGACGUUCAGGAGCGCGCCGAGAAAAUCCACCGCAAGGCGAUGGCUGAGUCCCUGAAACGAGAUUUCAGCGCCCUCUCCGGAGAAACCGAACUGACCAACUCGAUGAAUACGAAUGAUUGUCGAGUGUAA